UGAGUGUGUACCUCCGACUGCACUUAGACAAACCAAACAUGCGUGAAUAAGGUCAUGACAAACGUUUUACAUAUCAGCUGUGGGACAAUGCAGGUAUAUUUAAAUUUCACUUUAACCGCCGCGUGUUUAAAUACACACUGGCAUUUCAAGGAUUGGCUGUGAUAGACUCAAUGUUAUAGAGAACAUGGAUACCGGAACCAACCAAGACUGUCUGACUGGUGCUAUAUGGUCCUGUCGUCUGGAGGACAGAAAUUCGAUGAUAUCCAAACUAAUAGGUUAGAUGACAUUGUAUUGGUCAUGUCGUCCAUAUCGCGAGGCAUGUUUCACUCACAGGAGCUGAGACAACACGUGUUUAUAUCCCGUCCAGAUGCCACCACACAAAGUCCAUUCGCAAUGUCUUCCACUCAACUCAUAUUGCCCAAACUGAGUCUCAUUAGUAAAUCAGCGUCUUUCUGUGACUCGGCCAACAACAAGUAUGGAUAUAAGAAUAGUACAUCGGACGAAGCAGAAACAACGGAUUCCGAUGAUGAUUUGAUGUUAGAUGAGAAGAUGGAUUCUGGGAGUUCUUCAAGCCUGUCAGAUUCUUUGAAUAAUGCUCUCGAAAUGCUGAACAGCUCAAGGCUUGAAGACGCCGAGAAACAACUUCUAAAACUAUACCAACAGAUGCAAGAGAAACCAGAAGACAAUACUAAAAUAUUAGUACAGGUCUUGAAUGGACUUGCUGAUGUAUGUAUCCGGCGAAGUAGAAUGUGCAGAUCAAACCCGAUGGAGUGGCAAUGGUUAUGCAUGCAUGCCAUUUCCUUGCUCCAGUACAACUGUGACGUAUGCGGCUCCGAACUGGAGGAAAACCUUGACAAUCAAGACAUAGAAUGGUACACAGAGCACAAACAAGCAGCAGAAAUAAAAUGUCGUCCGUUAGAAGACAGUUUUAACAGAGCACUGUAUAAUUGUCUAAAACACGAGGGCAGGAAAUUCAUGGACCCUUUUCGGUCGUUUUCGUUCCCGAACACUCCAAGCACACCAUCUCUUGGAAUGUUUCCACUCUCCUCAGGCAAUUGUUUUAGUCUGUAUCCAAGUAUGCACGACAGACUGACAGGGAAAACUGACAACCAAGCUAGCGUGGAUGAUAUGAAUGUUGGUCUGGAUUGGCUAACAAAGUUUCUGGAAUACUGUCACGACCGAAUUCAAUCCAAGAAUCUUGGAGACAUUUUCAACAGACUUUUCAAACGAAAAACUUCAUCGUCACUUAAGGAGAACAAUGAUGACACUGCUAGCAUAAUGUCCGAGAGUUCGUGUAGUUCUCUGGACUGGGACCACGGUGAUUUGCAGGGAAUUGAUGAAAUUGAUCCAAAUUCCAAAGACUCGCCCGUGGCAGUGGUAGAUAACGCAUUCGGUUUCGAAUUAGCUUCAAGUGAUGUUGAUGAAGAUGGUUGGGAUUUUUUUCUGAAUGAUAGGAAACACUGCAAAUUUCAGAGUGUAGUUCAAGUGUCUGGAAAUGGCAAAGGGAGAAAGGAGGGCAUACAGAAUCAGAAUCUGCUAGACGUCAGCGCUUCGGACAACAAGUACAAGGACAAGGAAAUUAUAUCUCCUCUUCAUGAGCACAGCAUAAAGCUCACUUUAGCGAAAUCCUACACACGACUUGCAGAGAAGCUGAUGCUAGAGGAGGAGUAUAGGAAAGUUGAAGUCUUGUUGGAACAAGUGAUGGGAAUAUUAGACGAGGUCAUGGAUGGAACAGCUGGUAUGUUACGUUUUAGUGCAAAAGUUAUGAAAAACUUGGGAACAGUAAAAUCGAAACAAGGAAAGUCAUCCGCCGGUUUGGCUCUUCUAAAUCAAGCGCUAGAAACUUACCGUGAUCUGCAAGAUGAAGAUUCUAAUUUCGAAAUAGCCACAGCCCUUCUUGAACUUGGAAACGGGUAUGUGGUGGGUAAAAACAAUGAUGAUGGUGUUUAUGAUGAUGCAAUAUCUGCCAUUCGGGAGUUCUUCGAAAAAGAUUUUUCCGAUAAUGAAAGCUCUAAUUCAAGCCCAAACAAGUCCGAGCCUUCAUCUCCACAAAAAACUGCAGAAGAAGAACAGAACAUUGAAGAAGCUGCCCAUUGCUACAAGGAAGCCCUUUCCCUACUUCACUGUCGGGAAAGUGAUGAAAAGGACAGGAUAGUGGUAGCUAAGGCUACUAUGAGGUUGGGAGAUUGCUAUUUCAUGCAGAAAGACUAUGAUAGGGCACUGGAUUGUUUUGAAAAGUCGCUUAGCUUGUUUCGUGAUACCUCAACUCAUGGAAGAGAUUUUGUUUUAGAAAAUGCUCAUGUAAUGUGUAUGCUUGGUGUGUCGAGCUUUAUGCUGCAUAUCUACCCAAGGGCGGCUACAGUGUUUGAACUAGCUCUCCAUUUAGUCAAAUAUGCAUCUGGUCUCGGUAGCACGUACAUGCACGGACUUGUCAUAUCAUUCAUGGGAAUCACAUUUUACAAGAUGAAAAAUUACCACAGAUGUGUUUCCAUGUGCUAUCAAGCGUUUGAAUUAUUCUGUAAUAUGCACGGCAGCAAACUGCCUCAUUUACCAAGACAGAAGUUUUGGAUGGUCUGCCAAGUACUGUAUGUCAUGGGCAACUCUUACAACAUUAUAUCCCUUCACCAGAAAGCUAUCAAAUACCUGACGGUUGCGAGAACCUUGAUGAUGGCUUCCAAAUUAAGGGACCGUAGACAAUUCAUGAGAGUAUUGCAGAUUCUUGGCGAUUGCCAUUUUGCACAGUAUGAUUAUAAGACAGCUCUAGGCUACUACAAUGAAGCCUUAGAAUAUGGAGAAUGCGAGAGCCAGAUUUCUUUCGAUGAAGUGUUUGAUCCAAACACGAUGUCUGACGACAUGACUAUGCAUAACCAGCUGAUCAGUAAGUCUGCCGAAGCACACAUCAGUAUGCAGCAAUACCAAAACGCUGUUCACUACUUGGAACAAGCCCACGACAUGCAAGAGGUAAUGGGCGAGGACAUCAAAGGUGACCUGAUCAGCACACUCUACCAACUAGGUCACAUUCAUUCCAUGGCUGGGGAUGUCGACAAAGCAAUAGAAUCAUUUGCAGAGAGCUUGGAGGUGUAUAGAGAAAUACACAAAGGUGAACUUGGGCCAGAAAUGUCUGUGACACUAGGAAAUCUUGCAACUAUGUGUUAUGUUAAAGCAUGUGUAUGUGAGGACAAUGAAGGUGAGCUCGAAAUGAUACUUGCUGCAGAACAGCAUUUUCAAGACGCUCUUAAACUAGACCAGAACCCAAGCGUUUGUGUCAAGUACGGAAACUUCUUGUACAGCCAAGGGAAUUAUGAUGAUGCUGUUAUGUACUUGGAAGACGCUCUCAAAAUUGAGGACAUUGAUUUUGCGUCUGACCUAGUGUAUGGAGGGCUUGACAAAGUCACAUUACCAGACUGUCUACAGGACGAGGUUGACACACAGGAGGAGGUAGUCUUGCCUCCCUCUGCUCUUGCAAGGUAUAUUCUGAUUCUCUCACACAAGAACCUCAACCAAAUGGAUCUGGCAGAAAAACAUCUCUUUCUGCUCUUGUAUGAAGCUCUUGAAACUGACAUUCCCAUAUUGUACUCAGUUUUAGGGUAUUCGAUGAUGGAAAUGGGUCUGUUUGAGGAAGCAAUCUGGAGUUUUGGUAUGGCAAUUUCUCUAGAGAAUGAAUACUCCCUCGCAAUAGACAACUAUUGUACGUGUUUAUUGAUCUGGGCAAUGCGCACACUACAGCGGGCAAUUGAGAACAUUUGUUUGUACCAUGGAUUAUCAUGCUAUGUGUAUCUAUACUGGUGAUGCACUGUCGGUAUUGAUUUUCACAUGGAUCGACAAUGCUUUAUAAGCUUAAAUAUCAUCGCAAAUUCCUACUGGAUUGUCCGUCUCCGACCAAAUAUUUGAUCAAUUCUGUAAAUGGCAAAUCACUGCAAUGCUUUUCUGAGCAGUUUUAGACAUGACUAGGCAUAUCAUUAACCCUACUUGAUGCAAGAUGAAACUCUAUUGUCUUAACAUACAAAACCUUAAAUAAUUUUGUCUCAUUUUUAAAGUCCUUCAUUUCAAGAACAUAUUUUCAGUUUCAAGUUUUCAAUUGUCGAUAAAUUACAAGGUAGUGAAUUAGUCAGUAACACUUUGAAAUCUAUUUUUUUUUGACACAUAGAUCCCUUUACAACAACAUUAAAAAUCCAAUGUUUAAUUGGCUAAAAUGAACACUGUAAGGCAUAAUUUAUAUGAUACAUUACUGGCUACUGCAAUUAAGCCAAAUGGUUUAAUCCAGAGAAUUUUUUGUAUCUUGUUCUAUUGUCUAAAUUUUCCAUAAAGCCAACUGUUCUCAUUAUUUAUAUAUAACAUCUUUCAUUACCUGCUUGCUUGUUCGCCUUCACUUGCACUCUAGAGAUCUAGUAACACUCUUUAAAGCCAGUAACUUACAAUAGUGAUACAAAAAUUCAUGGUGUAUUUCUAAUUUCAAUGUGUUCUUUUUUGUUUGCCUAAUACAUUUGUAAAUGUGGUUGAAAUAAUGUGGUCCCAUUGCAUUGGAUAGAACGGUCAACAAUUUUUAACUGCUUUUCAUUAGUUUUCAUGGUAACUUGUAUUUUUCUGCUCAGAUAUACUGACAAUACAUAUAUAUGUUAUUAAUCUUCUGCAGCAAACUUAUUGUACUACAACUGCAAUGACGGCAACAUCUCAGCAUAUCACAUUGUUUACAAGAGUGCCCUGUGCUAUCAUUUGAAGUGUUAAAUACCAGCUGUAUGCCAUUUCUCUCAAAAUGAAGGUCUUUAUUGCCUUGUAUUGAUAUGUGAACACUUAUGAUUUUGUCAUGUUGUAAAGAUUCUACUCUGAUAUGAUGCCAGUAUUAUUUUGUUGAUAUUGUUUUAUAAUGGAUAUUUUUACAUCAAUCACAAGAUUAAUGUUUUAGUCAAUAAUAUCACACUUAUCAUAUAUUUUACAAAUGUACUACAGUAACCAACUUCAACAAAGCUUUAAAGAAAACAGUAGCUAAAGAAAUGCAAGGUGUGGGGAUGACUGUUUUCAUUUUUUUCAGUAAGUCUAAAAUAUAUGGUUAAGAACUGAUUCUACAUUGAAUACAAAUUUAAUUAAAUUCAAGAACUGAUUCCCCACUGAAUAUGAAUUUAAUCAAAUUCACCACUUGCCACGAUUUUCACAACCACAUGUAUUAUAUAUGACAGUGAAACACUUGAAAGACUUCAGAUUUUUUGUGGAAUACAUGUCCAUGCAUUUGUACAUAUAUGUAUAUGAUAGAUCUAUAAAUUAAAUCAUAUUUGUUUGAUUUUUAAAUUCUCAUUGCAAGGUGUUUUCCCAUCAACAUGAAGAUACGUUAAGAAAUGCUGUUCUUUAUUUAUUAUGAAAAAAAGUUAAAUUUUUUCAGUGUUUAUUUAAUGAAAUCAUAAAAGACACAAAAGGUAUGUUAAACCUGUUCUGUCAUAACAGAUCUUAAUUCCAUAUCUAGAAGUUAUGCAUGUGUGUAAUAUUUGACACCAAAUGUAAUUAAACGUGAUAGAUAUUAUAUCUGGGUUAUAUAUAACCCUGGCUGUAUGUUCACAACUUUGUAAAUGUUGGCCAAAGCGUUUUCCCCGUAAUUGACUUAAUUAGACUCAUUAUUCUAAGUAAGUGAAGUUAAUCAAGACAUAAAUACCACAGCCACCCUCCCAAAAACAGGUAACAUGUAGGAAAUCAUUUACUGGUGGUCAAUCUAAAGAAGCUUGAGUCUAGAUUUUAGAAAAAAGGAUUAUAAAUUAAUUGAGAGAGUCAAAAUAAAAUCAAAUGUUUUAAAUAUCCUGAAAGAAAAUUAAGGGAAAAGAACUUUAAGUCUUAAUAUAUAGGAGGUCCUCAUCCACUUGGAUCCUCAGCUGAAUAUGAUGUUUACAUACAGUAGCUGUACAUUUUUGCCAUCUGUGAUUAGCCAUGUGAUAUUAUGUAAAAUUUUAUUAUCAAAAUUAGUUAUGUGACAUGCAUUUAAAAAUUGUUCAAUAUUUGUUCUUCACAUUACUUCAAUGUCCUGCUUUUUUUACACUCAAAAGUACUUGUAUCAUAUCAAACAAAUUUGUUUUGGAGUUAUGAAAAAAAAAAAAAAAAAAAAUCACGUGUAGUUUUCAAUUUCACAUUA